AAAAAAGUGGUGAUGGAUAAAGUGAAAUUUACGGAGAAUGCAGAAAAGAUGUGAUCCGCUGAACGAUGGCUUUGCUGAGGGGAACGGAGAAUUAUUCUUUAAGCACGAACCCAACCUCUCCGCGCCCGGAUCGCACACAAUCUACGCCAAAAUCCCGCCCAACCUGCAUGAACAUCCCUGCGAGUGUCCCCGCUGGACGAUGCCCAUCAGCCGGCUGCUGACCGAGGUGAUCGGCCUAGAUUCGAGCGAGGCGGACGGCCUGCCGCAGAAGAUUUGUGUCGUGUGCAUUUCCUACCUCAAGCACGCGUACACGUUCCGGCGGCAGGCCAUCGACAAUGUGGCCGCACUGCUGGCCGCCCGGUAUCUAGUCACACGGCGGGCGGUGCCCUUUCAGAAGAACCUGGACAAGCAGCAGCUGAUGCAGACGUGUUGCUUAUUGGGAAUGGGUGGACGCAGGAGAAUUUUUUUUAUGGCAGAGUUGUUGCGGAUGAUUACGGUGGAACCUAUGCUGAGGAUUCUGAACCGGGCUGGAGAACAAAACGGUGCUGCUUCCCGAAGGAUUGAAAGGGCAAACCGAAGUUUCUUCUCCAUAUUGUUUCUUAGGACUAGACAAAAUCAAAAUAAAGCGGAAUAAUAUUCUUUAGUGUUGUGUCGAUAUUACGUUGCGUGGUGAAAAUGCAUUUUUAUUAUCACAAAUAAAAAUAAGAUUUGGUUGUUGUUUUUUUUGUGUUCGCUUUUUAUUACCAAAAUAAUUUUACCGAAAACUCUGCUCUCGAAGGCAUCUUCCGUCCUAACCACUUCUCUGGAACACGUACGUAAUUUUACAUCGUUACAUGAUUCGCCACAAUUGGCUCUUGGUCCUGGCCCAUCCACCUCAUAUUCCGGGUCUUCCGGUCACAAAAUGUACGUCCGCUGGAUCAUCUUCGAUGGCUUCUUCGUUGAUGUUCAGGUGCAGGCGCUUUUCCUAGACGAAAUCCAUGAAAUCGGUGCUGUAAAUGUUGGGAAGGCAGGGUUGGAGGCCAGUUUGCACUCGAAAACAGACACGGCGAUUUGUCGAAGCCCCGUGAAUUCAUUUGCGAUCAUCCAAUGGGGACGAGUCAGCUAAUUUUCCAGAGUUAAUCAUGCCGAUGGAAAUGAUGUUGGACGUUGUCUGCCUGGAUCCGGUUGACCACGUUCAGGAGGCAGGUUAGGAUCUGGAACGCCACAGUUCCAAGUGAACUGGCAUUAUUGUACUUUCCGAUGCAGUAAAAGCGAUGUACAUCUGGCAGGAGUUCAACCAGUUGGCUUGUUGGAGCAGAUUCCUGGCGAGCAAUGCCCUUUGGUUUGGUUAACGCAAAUACGCAAUCAAA